CUACUUCCGUAGAAGAAGCGACUAGAAGCGGAAGUUGUCCAGGGCGCGAAUCUCUCUUUAAAACACAAUCAACCACAUGAGUAUCUGAAUAACAACUUUUCCCACAAUGCCUCUGUCCACCCAGUCGCAAGGCGAUGAUGAACAAUACGUUUUAGUGGCCAGUUUGGAUAACGCUCGCAACCUGUCCAACAUACUGAAAGCAAUCACAUUUAAAGACCAUGCCAUCUUCAGCGCCACGCCCAACGGCCUGAAGGUUACUGUGGAGGACUCCAAAUGUCUGCAAGCCAAUGCUUUCAUCCAGGCUGAGAUUUUCCAAGAGUUCACCAUGAGGGACGAUUCGGUGGGUUUUCAGGUCAACCUCACAGUCCUGCUGGACUGCCUCAAUAUAUUUGGAGGGAGCAUAGUACCCGGAGUAUCAACAGCCUUGCGGAUGUGCUACAAGGGGUACGGUUACCCCCUGACCCUGUUCCUAGAGGAAGGUGGAGUCGUGACUGUGUGCAAGAUCAACACCCAAGAACCAGAAGAGCCAGUGGACUUUGAGUUCUGCAGCACCAACGUCACAAAUAAGGUGAUCCUGCUGUCAGAAAGUCUGAAGGAAGCCUUUUCUGAGCUGGACAUGACCAGUGAGGUGCUUCAGAUCACUAUGUCCCCCAGCCAGCCUUACUUUAGGUUGUCUACGUUUGGGAACUCUGGAAAUGCCCAUUAUGAUUAUCCCAAAGACUCUGACAUGAUGGAGCUUUUCCGAUGCACCAAGACACAAACCAACAGGUACAAGAUGUCCCUUCUGAAGCCAUCCACCAAAGCCCUGGCUUUGUCCUGUAAAGUCUCUGUGAGGACAGACAGCAGAGGCUUCCUCUCUCUGCAGUACCUGGUCAGAAACGACGAUGGACAGAUCUGCUUUGUAGAAUAUUUUUGUUGUCCUGACGAGGAGGUGGAGGAGCAGUAAUUACAGUCUGUGGAAUUCCCCUUUAAACAAGCACCUCAACUUCAGUGGCCAGAUCUUUGAUUUUAUAGACAGUCUAGUGGGUGGGGUGCACACCGGACAUAAAUUCUGGACUUAAUGGGUAAUGGACACAGUGGCAAAGGCUGCAUUGUUUUU